UGUAUUUAGUGGAUUUUUAUUCCAGAGCAUAUAUACAUACAAAUAUAUACAUAUAUGUAUAUCUUAUGUUUUUUUUACAUAACUAAGAAUUGAACAUCCUACCCUCGUAACAGAAAUUAUAUGCGUUAGUUGUAUAUGGCAAUACUGUUUUUGAAUUGAAACAGUUGUGUUAUUUUCCUAAAAGUCACUAUUUCUGAUUUCAAGCUUUAGUUACUUUUUAAUUACGAAAAGUUUUACCGUUUUUUGAGUAACAUAUUAUAUAUAUAUUUUCUUAAUAGAUUUUCUAAUUCGUUACUCCGAAUAUCACGUUGUUAUCAACAUCACAUUUACCAACAUUUAUUUGGCUUUUUCUUAUGCGCUUUGCUUUCGUACCAGUUUGACAAGCUGCAACAGCUGUCACUUUGCGCCAUUUGUAUGACAGCGAAUUUGCGUGUGAAUCAGAGAAAUACAAAACGAAGCGUAAAUUAAGCGAAAAAGCUACAGAAAUAAUAGUUGCACGCGAAAAUUUUGCAUAUAAAAUGCAAAUAUAACGAAAGGUUUUUGCAAUAGCACCGAGCAGAAUCAUCAGUGACUUCAAUUACACAUACAAUGGGACUCGAUUUUGAUGCGAUCGAGUAUUGCAAGAACGUGAAGCUGCAGCAAGCGCAACCGCCGUACGCGUGUCCAGUGGCUAAGUGCGAUCGCAGCUACAAAACAGUAGUGGGACUACAAUACCACUUACUUAACUAUGAUCACGACAAUCCACAACCGAUAACACCAAUUAUAACACCCAAUCGGAAAAAGGCGCGGAAAGCACAUCAUUCAACGCCGAAAACACCGAAAGGAACUGGUGAUGACAUCGGUGCAAACGGUGGCGGUUAUCAGGUGGCAAAUCCUGAAUCACUAGUUAGUUAUAAUGACGAAGAACAAACCGUACAAUUCAAUAUUGACGGUAAAAGUGUACGAUUAGCUAUUGAUGAGCCGCUACCAUUUAUUGAAGGUGAAGAGUAUGCAGAAUUAGUGGCGCGCCGUUGUAUUUUAAAUGCCGAUGCACCACCACUCGAAGAAAAUGCUACAUGGGCGCGUGUUAAAGUGCCCGAAGCGCAUUAUCAUGAAAUCGAAGACUACCAUGUGCCUGAUGCACCACCCCGCCCACUCGCCUAUUAUCGUUUCAUAGAGAAAUCAGCAGAGGAGUUGGAUGGUGAAAUAGAGUACGAUGUCGAUGAAGAAGAUUCUGCUUGGUUAGAAUGGAUGAAUGAACAACGUGAAAAAGCCGGUCUUAAUCCAGUUACAAUCGAUACAAUGGAACUUUUAAUGGAUCGGUUAGAAAAAGAGUCAUAUUUUCAAGCUGCUGCUAAUGGUACGCCAACCGGUGUAGAAGUCGACGACGAUGCUGUGUGUUGCAUUUGCAUGGAUGGCGAGUGCCAGAACACAAACGUAAUUCUUUUCUGCGAUAUGUGCAAUCUGGCUGUACACCAGGAUUGUUACGGUGUACCGUUUAUUCCGGAAGGGCAGUGGUUGUGCCGACGCUGUUUGCAAUCGCCCAGUACCCCUGUGAGUUGUGUAUUGUGCCCAAAUGCCGGAGGUGCUUUCAAACAGACCGAUCGUGGUCAAUGGGCACAUGUGGUAUGCGCGCUUUGGAUACCCGAAGUGCGUUUUGCUAAUACCGUGUUUCUGGAACCUAUUGAUUCCAUCGAAACAAUACCGGCGGCGCGUUGGCGACUCACAUGCUAUGUUUGUAAAGAAAAGGGUUUGGGCGCGUGCAUACAGUGUCAGCGCAAUAGCUGCUAUGCUGCUUUCCAUGUAACAUGCGCACAGCAAGCCGGUUUAUAUAUGACAAUGGAUACAGUUAAAGACGGGCACAACGAUUCGUCAGUUCAUGUACAAAAGUACGCUUACUGUCAUGCCCAUACGCCGGCAGAUGCUAAAUUAAAGACCAAUCAAAAAGAAGUGGAAGAUACACGUAUGAAAAUGAAAGAAGCACGAAAAGCGCUGGCUAAAAAACGUUCGACUGCACCCAUUGUACUCAUACCAACAAUUCCACCCAAUCGUGUACAGGAGAUCUCGGGCAUAGUGCACAUGCAAAAGAAACAGCAAUUUUUAGAUAGACUUAUAGCCUAUUGGACUCUGAAGCGUCAAUACCGAAACGGUGUGCCACUUUUGCGUCGACUUCAGAGUCAGGGCAACAAUCAUGGUGUGAUCCAUCGAAAUGGUAUUGAAGGUUCGCCGGACACGACAGAGCUAUACAAACAGUUGAAGUAUUGGCAGUGUUUGCGUCAGGAUUUGGAACGUGCGCGAUUGCUUUGUGAAUUGGUGCGCAAGCGUGAAAAACUGAAGGCUGCCUUUGUGAAAAUCUGUGAACAGGUGGUCAUGCUGCAGGUGAAUCCACUUGAAUCGGCGUUAACAAAACUUCUGGAUACACUCGAAGCUAAAGACACCAGUGAAAUAUUCCGUGAACCGGUUGAUACCGAAGAAGUGCCUGACUAUUUGGAUAUUGUGAAGCAUCCAAUGGAUUUGGGCACAAUGCGUACAAAAUUAAAACAGGGUCAAUAUGCGACGCUGGAACAGUUGGAAAUCGAUUUCGACCUAAUGAUACAAAAUUGUCUCGCUUAUAAUAAUAAGGAUACGGUAUUUUAUCGCGCUGGUAUUCGUAUGCGUGACCAGGCGGCACCACUGUUUCAGCAAGUGCGAAAGGAAUUGCAACGUGAAGGAUUGUUGGACCAUACACGUUCCGAUCAUGAAGAUCAUGUAGAACACGAGGUGGAAGCUGAACUGAAAACACUACUUGAGGCCAAGCCAUGCGAGGAAAUUGUACAAAAGUUGCUCAUACUUGCAGAUAAGUCACAGGUUCUCAAGAAUCCCAUGUAUAGGACCAAGAAAAUCAAGCAAAUACGCUUGGAAAUAACACGCAUGCGUAAAGCUAUGCAAAAGGCAAAAAUGGCUGCGCGGCAUUCAAACGUGAGCGUUCAUUCGCAGAGCGACGACGACGAUGAUGAUGACGAAGAUGAACAUAGUAACGAUGUUACACUAAAAGCAGAAAAAAUUUUGAAACAGUCAUCCGGUCUCCAGCUGCAGCAACAACAAGCGCAAAAUAACUUGUCAAAACGUUCACGCAAAGUUCCCGCCAAUAUGAUGGUAGUCGAUGAUGACGAUACAAUGGGUGAGGAGUCAAAAGAAACCGCAACAACAACAGUACAAACUCCGCCAUGUAGUCCCAUCAAGAGUCUUAACAAUAGCGCCUCACCUGUGGGCGUGAAUCGAAGAACUGCGGUUUUAUUUACACGCAAAGCGCAAGCAGCCCUCAAGCGACCUUCUGAAAUCACCACACCUGUUAAGGAUGAAACGACGGCAUUAGCCGCUUCUGCCACUCAGAAUAACAACAAUACCACAACCAGCGGAGCGAGUGCUGCGGGAGCGGCAGCAGCAGCUACACUCGCCUCCUCAGCAAUGACAAUAAGCAAUAAAUUAAGUGGAAGUCAUUUAACGCCACUCGGUGCUAGUUUAGGUCUCUCUGCGGGUGUAGUACUGGGAGGCACAGUAGUUGGAAAAUCACCCAAACGAAAUGCGCGCCAUAAACGGUUGUCAGAGAUGCGACAAAGCGCAUCGAUGUCGCCAAAGAAAUCACCAAACGCCACGAUCACACCAAAUACACCGUCAACUGUAAAUGUGCCACCCAGCGUAGGGGCGUUAACGUCCACACCGAACUACGAUCGGAUACCAGACAGCUUUCGAGUUUAUCGCGCGAAUAAUGAACGUGACGUCAGCGACAGUGAUGACGAUGAUUUGAGUGAUAUGUCGGGAAGUCCGUGCAGUAGUUGUUCUGGUUUCAGUGUCAGCGGGUCUGGCUCAGAGUACGAUAGUAGUGAUGAUGAUGAUGACGACGAAGACGAUGACGGUGAGGAUGAGGGCGAAGGUGAUGCUGACGGUGAUGAGGAGAGCGAAGACGAUGAAGAAGUAGAUGGCCGUGAUGGUGAUGUGGAAAUGAAUGAAGUCGCUAGUAAUUGUGAGGGUGAUAUUGACGGCGAAGCCGAUGUCGCUGGUGGUAACGGCGAAGCGGUAAGCGCUAGUGCGGAUAGUGACGAUUGUGCCGAGGAGAGUAACGACUGCGUAGCUAGUGACAAAGUUGAAACAGACGCAAAAAGUGUGGCAACACGAACGCCAACACCCUCAGAGAAACGUCCACGCAAUGCUACACGCACGAAGCAAAAAAACAAAACGGCAAUGGAGGUGAAUGCCAAUGCAAAAAAUCCAGUCACAAAUGCAGUGCAGACAACGGCCACCACUGCCAAGACGAAGACAACGGCAACGGCAACUGCGCCGACGACGACAACGCGCUCAAACAACAAGCAAAUACUGACAAGAUCAGCCACACCCACCGCCAACAUAAGCUCCUCCUCUACACCAAUUGCGAAUAACGCUAGAGGUCGAAAAGCGAGUCUUAACAACAAGUUGAUAUACAACAACACGCACAAUACACGCGGUGCGGCAGCGGCAACACCAACGCCAUCAACAUCGUCUCGACCUACAUCAGCCAAUGCCGAUUUAGGUAACGAAGCGGGUGAUGUUGAUGCCGAAGAGGCGUUCGCGGCGACAACAGCAACAACAAAAAUGCUGAAACCACCGCUCGAGCCGCUGCAGUUAGUGUGGGCUAAAUGUCGCGGUUAUCCCUGGUAUCCGGCGUUAAUACUCGAUCCCAAAACACCGAAAGGUUUCGUAUAUAACGGUGUACCACUACCGGCGCCACCACCCGAUGUGCUUGCGUUGCGCAAAAACUACACCGAAGAUGUGGUCUUUCUAGUGCUAUUCUUCGAUGUGAAACGGACGUGGCAAUGGCUGCCGGCAAAUAAACUCGAAAUACUGGGCAUCGAUAAGCGACUGGAUCAGCAGAAAUUGGUGGAAUCACGGAAGCCCACUGAACGCAAGGCGGUGAAAAAAGCAUACCAAGAUGCGCUGCAUUAUCAGAGUCAAGUGUCCGAUCUGGAAGGUCAGGGGCCCGAUCCGAUAAUGUGAGAAGGUGCAAUGACGGUUGGCGUUUGGAGGAAAAUGCGUCACAAACGACGCUGAAGCACAAUGUAGUGAUUGCUACUGAUGCUAUUGAUGACGCCGACCGUUGUAGUUGCACAUACAUACAUACU